GAAGGAGUCACCAACGGAAGUGUCAAGCAGGCACGACUGAACGCAACUUGCACUUGGGCAUGUUGGGCUCGGCCGAGUGGCCGGUGGCGAGGACGAUGAAUGUGGGCUUUACGGUGCGUUUCUAGUCCUGCUUGUCGGUCUCAAUUGUCCAGGCCCCCUUCUGCUGGUCGUACUUUUCGCCUUGGAUGGUUGAGUUGCACCAAAGGCUCAGCGUCAAGUUUUUCGUGUAGGAUUCGAGCCAGUCGACGAGUUUGCCUUUGGGGCAGAAGACCGCUCAAUGUUGAAUCGAGCGUGUGGAGCAUCAGCAGAGAGUCGGGAAAGUCGGAAGGUGGUGUGCAGACACUUCCCGGAGUUGCUAGGGGUGAGCAAUGUCCGAAACAACACCAAAGAUCAAUCAUGGUCGAUCCGUCAGCAUGCUUGAAAAGACAUGCGACUCGCUCCGACGAUACUCGCGAGACGGCUGAUAUGGCAGGUGGUCGUCCCAGCCUCGGUCGUGCGAGCGACUUGCCCGUUCGCCCAGCUGGCGCCGACGCGGCCGAGAAGCUCGACGAUUAGCGUGUCGACGCCGAUCGGGCCCAGGCGCGCGGCUGCGGUCAAGCCGGCUUGGCCGGCGUCGAAGACGAAGACGACUUCUGGCUCAUGUUCAGGUGGUGGUUGGCGCUGCGCGAAGCCCCUCUUCUCGCGGUGCAUGUGCUGGCGGUAUUCGACACUUUUUGGACGUGUCAGUCCGCUCUUUCCUUCGUGGCCGAUCAGCUCUUCGAUACCUUGGUAAAGAAAUGGGCCUGGCGAAGAGGCGAGUCAA